AUGGCGACCGCACAUGGACUCAAGAUCAAUGCGCAGAGGCUGAAUGACACGCUGCAGAGCACGUGUUCGUCAUGGGGCGCGCUGGCUGCGCCGUCGACGGGCAUGUGUCGCUUGACGCUCAGCCAAGAGGACAAGGGAGUGCGGGACUGGCUUGUUGCGGAGUGUAAGAGCUUGGGUUGUGAGGUGAAGGUCGAUCAGAUUGGGAAUAUUUUUGCAGUGAGGAAGGGGGAGGUCGAGGGUGCGAAGCCGAUUGCGAUGGGGAGCCAUAUGGAUACGCAGCCAGCAGGGGGCAGAUAUGAUGGCAUUCUAGGCGUCCAGUCUGCGCUCGAGAUCCUGCGCACACUGCAUGAGAAUAACAUCAGAACCUAUCUGCCUAUCGCGCUGGUAAAUUGGACAAAUGAAGAAGGCGCGCGCUUCCCAGGCGCUAUGAUGGCGUCUGGCGUGUGGUCGACGCAUUCCUCCACCCCUCUCGAAGCCUGCUGGGACUUGCAAGACAAAGACGGCAUAAGUAUGAAACACGCCCUCGAAGAUAUCGGCUACCUAGGCACCACUCCAGCCGACUAUCGCGAGAACGGGCUAGAGUGCCACUUCGAGCUGCACAUUGAGCAAGGCCCGCUGCUAGAAAUAGGAGGAAAGACUGUGGGGAUAGUGACCAGCGUGCAGGGUAUGAAAUGGUUCGCCGUCAGGGUCGAGGGCGUAGAAGGGCACGCCGGUGCGACACCGAUGCCCAACCGCGCGGACGCCCUUGUCACCGCGUCGAGACUGAUCACUGUGGUGCGGGAUGCGGCGCUGAGCACAGCGCUCGGGGUCGCGACUGUGGGUGUCAUCAAAAGCGAUACCUCCAGCCAGGCGACGAUACCUGCGGGCGUGGACUUCAUCAUCGACGUGCGUUGUACCACUGACGAAAUGGUGGAUCAGCUUGCGUCCACCAUCUUCAAGUCCUUCGAUAAAGUCAUCGCUGAUGAGAACAACGGCACGUCGUACGCCAUCACCCGCUCGUGGGGUAUGCCGCAGUCCAUCUUCCACCCACGGUGCAUCGAGGCGUGCAGGAAUGCGGCGCUGAAGGUUGUCGGUGAGGCGCAGGUGAUGGAGAUGAAGAGUCGAGCUGGCCACGACACUGCGUGGACAUCUCGUGUGUGUCCGUCGAGUAUGAUCUUUGUGCCUAGUAAAGACGGGCUGAGCCAUAAUCCGAAUGAGUACACAAGUCCAGAGCAUUGUGCGGUUGGGGCGGAGGUGCUGCUGGAGGCGGUGCUGGGGUAUGAUGGGAAGGUGAGAGCGGGGGAGUAUAUGAGCAGCUGA